AUGGCUUUCCCAUUCAUGCGGAGCUUCAUUUUCCUCUUUCUGUACCGGUAUGCGCGCCUCAUAGUCAAUCUGUGGUCGUUCUACACCUUCAAGCCAAUCCCGAUCCCCGAAAACCCCAAGUUGACCGGGCAAGACGUGACGGUGAUUGUGCCCUCGCUCGAAGGCGAUGGCGACGAGCUGGUCGAGACCAUCCGCACCAUCCUCGACAACGAGCCCUUUGAGCUGCUGCUGGUCACCAUCACGGCCAACCGCGUCAAGGCCGAGAAGAUGCUGGAGCGCAUGCCGGCCUACAACUCGCGCAUCCGCCUGUUCACCAUCACCCACCCCAACAAGCGCCGCCAGAUGACCAGGGCCAUUCCCGAGGUGCGCACCAAGAUCACCAUCUUCGCUGACGACGACGUGAGCUGGCCGCGCACCGCGCUGCCCUGGAUCCUGGCCCCCUUCGACACCGACGAGCGCUACGGCGGCGUGGUGACGUGCCAGCGCCUGCGCCGGGCAGUCAACCCAACCUUCUCCGAGCGCAUCUGGAACUUCCUGGGCGCGCUGUACCUGGAGCGCCGCAAUUUCGACUGCGCGGCCACGACGCACAUGGACGGCGGCGUGCCGUGUCUGUCCGGGCGCACGGUGGCCUACCGCACGACGAUUCUGCAGGCCGAGCCCUUUACCGAGGCGUUCACAAACGAGGAGUGGUGGUUUGGCAAGUACCAGCUCAAUGCGGACGACGACAACUUCAUCACGCGCUGGAUGGUCUCGCACGGCUGGGAGACGUACAUCCAGUACCACCCAGAGGUCGAGGUGCAGACCACGCUGGAGAACAACUCCAAGUUCCUGAAGCAGUGCGCGCGCUGGUCGAGGAGCAACUGGCGCAGCAACCUGACGAGCAUGUUCAGCGAGCGCGACAUCUGGUACCGCCAGCCAUGGAGCACGUACGCCGUGCAUCUCACGACCCUCUCCCCGCCAGCGCUGCUGGGCGACCUGCUGCUCAUCUACCUCUGCCACAAGGCCACCGAGACCCUGGACGGCGACGUGCAUGGCUUUGCAAUGCGCGCCUUAGGCCUGUGGAUGUUUGUCAGCAAAUUCAUCAAGCUGAUGGGCCAUUACAGGCGCUAUCCCGCGGAUUUCCUGUUGCUGCCGGUGUCGAUUCUGUUUGGCUAUUUCCACGGGGCAAUCAAGAUAUACGCCGUUGUGACACUGAAUGUGACGGCCUGGGGAAGCCGGGAAGGCGCCGACGCCAACGACGCCGAACGUAUGCGCAAACGCUCAGACACCGAGCGCCAAAAGAAACAGCCCCGGCUGUCGUCGAUGUAUCCCCUGAACAAGGUGGCCUGGCCCCCGUCGGGCUUUGCCUCGAUUGCUUAG